AUGAGGCUGCUGUCCAAGGUUUCAGAACCUCCCUCUCCAGAGAGCUCCUAUGGAAUGAAGCGCCCCUGCAAUUCAAGCACCCAAGACUCGAACGACGAAAAGUCAAUUCCACAAGUCACCCGCUCCGAAACAGCCAUCAGUGGAGUAACGGACAUGAAGAGUGCCAAUAGAAUCCGCUACCAUGCCCGAGAAGCAAAGGCCGAGGCCGACAAGGCCAACAGAGCCUUAGAAUACGCCAAGAAUAUGCAUCAAAUGGCCGAACGAAGCAUCAAAGCGGCUAUAGCGCUCCUUGAAGGGGACACACUUCCAGGGAGAGAGCUGCAAAGAAGGCCUAUGAUGAGGCAGAUGCAGAAGCAGAAGGCCUGA